AUGGCUCAAAAGGAUAUGAACAAACGCAAAGGAGGAUUCAAGUUUAGAGCACUUCCUGAGCAUGCCUAUCAAGGAAAAGCAAAAAAGAUUAAGCAAGAUUUAAUUUUGAAGGCAAAGACGAAAAAACACUUCUACAAGACCGUUAAACCCGAUGAAUAUCGCAAAAAGAAGACAGAGGAAGACACUUCCAAACCUGCGCCGAAAAAAAACCACCUGGAGAAACUAUACGAGAUGUCUGAGGAAAAAAGAAAACGAAAAGAAGAAAUGAUCCACCAAAAACAGAAGAAAAAGGAAGAACAUGAAAGAAAAAUCCAUGAUCGCAUAGAGACUCGCAAACAAUUGUCAAAACGGACAAAGCAUGGUCAGCCUGUUAUGAAAAAUCACGUUAGCCAUUUGUUGAGCAAAGUUAAAAAAGAAAUGGGUUCUUGA